AUGUCUGCAGUCGCAAACGCCCAAUUUGACUUCAUCGUCGUUGGAGGCGGGACUGCCGGCAACACAGUCGCCGGACGUCUCGCUGAGAAUCCCAAUGUCCACAUCUUGGUCGUUGAGGCUGGUGUAGCUCAUCCUGAUCAGGCUGAGGAUAUUACCACUCCGUCCAAAGCCUUUGGUCUCCGUGGAAACGACUAUGAUCAAACGUGA